UACACUAUUUUUUAUAUGUAUAAUGAAAUAUAUUACAAAAAUGAAUAUAGUACAUCAAACGUGUUAUCGGCACAGUUUAAUUCAUUUUCGCGCCAUAUUAUGGCUGUUUCAUUUUGCUCAACUUACAGCCAAUCAAAUUCAAACAUUUAAUAAACGCAUGUUACUUGAACUAGUUGAAAAAAGUCAUUCCGACUGCAAUGUUCUCUUAAAAUUUAGGUUUUUAAGGUACGGUGGUGUAUUACUUCACGCAUAAAGAAGAUAUAUGGAUGUUCUCUCUUGUAUGUUAACAAAAUGACAGAACCAACUCCAACAAUAGAAAAAUCGAAGAAGAUUACUGCCAUAAAUAAACAAACAAUUCAUAAAAUUUGUUCUGGUCAGGUGGUGUUUGAUCUGGCAGGUGCAAUAAAAGAACUGGUAGAAAAUAGUUUAGAUAGUGGUGCUACAUUAAUUGAUAUUAAAUUAAAAGAUUAUGGGAAAACAUGUAUCAGUAUAAGUGAUAAUGGAAGCGGUGUUUUAGAGGAAGAUUUUGCAGGAUUGGGACUGAAACAUCAUACAUCCAAACUGAAAGAAUUCUCAGAUCUGACUGAAGUAGAUACCUUUGGGUUUCGUGGAGAAGCUCUUAGUUCACUCUGCUCUUUAGCUGAAUUAAGUAUCAUUACCAGACAUUCCACAAGUGAGCAUGGUUUUAAAUUAGAAUUUGAUCACAAUGGUAUACUGCAAAAGAAAGAAGCAUGUGCAAGAGAAGUAGGUACUACUGUACAUGUUAAAAAUAUAUUUAAGUGUCUUCCAGUAAGAGCAAAAGAAUUUACAAGAAACCUAAAAAAGGAAUAUGCUCGAGCUAUCCAAGUGCUAUAUAAUUAUUGCAUAGUUUCUACUGAUACAAAAAUAACAUGUUCCAAUUCGGUAUCAGGAAAAUCUAAUGUUGUAGUUACUACUACAAACUCCAGCAGUAUUUUAAAUAAUAUUAAUAUAGUGUUUGGCAAGAAAGCUUCAAACGGUCUUCUUAAACUUGAGUUACUACCUCCUGAUGAAGCAACAUUACAAGAGUACAAUUUACGAAAUGAUGUAGCUAUAGAUUUUGAAUGGGAUUGCUACGUUAGCAGUUGCGAUCAUACUGUCGGACGAUCUACACCCGAUAGACAAUUUUUUUAUGUAAACGGUCGACCAUGCGAUCCUGCGAAAGUAAAUAAAUUAAUAAAUCACAUUUAUCACAAAUAUAACAAUAAACAAUAUCCAUUUAUUUUUUUAAAUUUAAAACUUAAUAAACAAUCGACCGAUAUUAACGUAACUCCGGAUAAAAGAACUAUUUUUUGUACACAAGAGAAUUUAAUAUUAGCAGCUCUGAAAUUCAGUUUAAUAAGUAAAUGGGAUAAGUUACAAGGAAACUUGAAUGUGAAACCUAUAUCUGAAUUAAAUUUUGGAACGAAGAGAGCAAUUUCACCGGCGAACACAAAUCCCCCAGCAAAAAGAUUUCAGAAUUUACAAACAUCAUCGAAUACAGAACAUUUAGAUGAAAAUAGUGUACAGUAUGAUAAUAAAAAUAAAAUUAUUGAAUAUGAUAACUACAAUGUACAAAAUGAUAUAUCGAAUCAAACAAAAAUAUUGGAUGAUGCUGAAAUGUCAAUUAGUAUGUUAACAAUAAAACAAAAGUUUCAAGAAAAAGAGAACAAUUUAUCGAAGCUUGUUACCACGAGUACAAGAAUUAAAUAUAAGGCACAAUUGGAAAGUGCUAAAAAUUCUGUCGCCGAAGAUGAACUGAAAAGGGAACUAACGAAGGAAUCUUUUCUUAAGAUGGAAAUAAUAGGACAAUUUAAUCUUGGUUUUAUAAUAGCCCGUUUGGAAAAAGAUCUAUUUAUUAUUGAUCAGCAUGCUACUGAUGAAAAGUAUCGCUUCGAAAAACUUAACAAUGAGACGCAACUAAAAACUCAGAAAUUAAUCGUUCCCAAAGCAUUAAAUUUGUCUUCUUUAAAUGAAACAAUAUUAAUUGAACACCAGAAAACGUUUGAAGACAAUGGCUUCUUUUUUAAAAUUAAUCACGAAGCCGAAUCAGGACAGCGUGUAGAACUCACAGGAAUGCCAGUCAGCGGAUAUUGGCAAUUUGGACAAGAGGAUAUAGAAGAACUGAUUUUUCUUAUUAGAGAAGGUGGCGUGGAACAUAAAGAAAAUCGUAUAUACCGUCCAAGUCGUGUGAGGCAAAUGUUAGCAUCAAGAGCUUGUCGUAGUGCAGUUAUGAUUGGUACAGCUCUUAAUAAUAACGAAAUGCAAAAAUUAGUUACACAAAUGGCGCAAAUGGAAAACCCUUGGAGUUGCCCUCAUGGUAGACCAACGAUAAGACAUCUAUUAUCAUUACAUCUUGUGCAUAAAUAAACUAUAUUUCUGAAGUUUGAAUUAAAAAAAUUUAGAAUCAUUAUUCUAGAAUUCUAGUUUAGGGUAUUAUUUUGAUUGCAAAUAACUUUUAAAACAUUGUAUUCUUAAAGAAAUUAGUUUAUUAUACACUAAUUGUACGAAAUAUGUUAAAUCCUGAAUGUGCUGUCGAUAUUACAACACCAGUACAUUGAGGAUGCCAAUGUAGUUCUUUAAUAUCAGUUUGACCUUGAUGUAUAAAUAACAACUGAGAAGGCAAUUCCUUUAAUUCAUUAUUUUCUGUGGCUUCCGAUUGAUCGGCUUCUACUGACAAAUCCCAUUGAGCAAUCUGAUCAUCGGCUCCACCGGAAGCAAAUACAGUAGCUUCUUGUGGAUGCCAUUCCACUGUUGUAACAGGUGAAGUAUGCUGUUUAAAUAUGGCUAAUGGACUUGAGCCACUAGAACCAAACUGGCGCAAAUCCCAUACACAAAUCAAUCCAUCGUCACCGCCAGACACAAGAAACUGGCUUUCAUUGCGAUUCCAUGAGAUAACGUUAAUGUCAGCAGUAUGUGUGCCAGAUGCUGUCAACAUGCAAGCGGACUGCGGGCUUGAUCUCGUAUCCCAAAUUUUAAUACUGUAAAAAUAAUAGCACGAAGCAAGCACAUGCCUUUCAUUAGGAGACCACUGAAUAUCUUCGACGCUAUGUGGUGCGUGUGAAUUGUAUGGUCUUUGAUCCACGUGCCAUGUCGCGCUAUUACCAUUACUAAUACGCCAUAUGUGAAUAUUUCCUUUACAAUCACCAGAAGCUAAAGUACCUAUUUCAGUUGGACACCAAUCUAAUCCAUAUCCUUCCGACAGAUGUCCUUUAAACGUGAAUAAUGGUUUGAUGCCUCCAUCGUGUUUCUCACACUUCUUACGAUAAGCACGAAGCAUUUCAUCAUUAUCAAGUGCUUUUAAUUGUUCAUCUAAAUUCCAAAUAUGUACACGACCCAAUUCACUCCAACUUGCUGCAACAGUUGCGUCGCCGAGUUUAGCGUAUCUGUUGAAACAAAUGAAACAUUAUAAAAUACAGGUAUGAAGCUGCAAA